CAGCUGAGAUAGGGGGGAGGUGAGAGCUGGCUGGGGGUGCCCUGCAAAUCAGCCCUAUGUAAGCAGGUGUUCUUAAUCCUUGCCAAGACCAGGGACAGCUUGAGGGCCUCAGAGAGUGCUGGUGAGACACACACAAAGGCCCUUUGUUGCAGCCAAGGCAGAUUCCUGGAGGGAUGCCCCAGAGGCUGACCGCUCCCUGAAGGGGCUGGAGUAGGGGCAUCCCAACACAGAACUGGUGGCUCCAGCACCAGGAAGAACCACUGUGUGCCAAGGUUGAAUGUGGCUUCCGAAGCUCGAACUAUAAGGAAGCAGCCAGAGAGGUGUGGCACCUGGGCAAGCCUCUGCCUAGGCGGUGUUUGCAGUGUCACGGUAAAUCAUCGAGAGGUGGCUCUCAAAACAGUCCUGGUGACCACUUUUCUGACCACCCCUCACCCCUCAAGUGCCAGUGACUACACAGAUGGGCCCUCUCUUACCCCAAGUCUCCUCACUGAAGGGGAACCCCUGGAGUGAGCCUGUGAGGUCUGCCUGUUCCCCAACAUCUACAGAAAAACUCACAACAAUUAUACAUUUAGCACACAUUUCCUCCUCUGUGAGUUGGGGACAUUAAGAGACCUUUCCUCCAGCAUUAGGAUUAAACCAGACAAAGCACUUAAAGCCUUCAGCACUGAGUCCUUGGUUCUGCACAGAAACCCCCAGGCCAGUUCUAAGACAGAGUUGUUAGGCACACCCUGGCAGGUUACACCAGGCCAAGUACCUCGCAGGGUGGGGGAAUCCAGAGGUGGGCAGGACUGGUGGCAUUUUGAUGGGCCCCGCCUUCUCUUCCCUCCUCCCUUGGCCAGAGACAGGCAGGAGGGCCCCAGGCAGCAGUUCUUCCCACCCUCUGCCCCUUAGUCUUGCACGCCUCUAGGGCCGGGACGCUUAUUCUUCCUCCUAGCAGCUCUGCCUGGAAGUCCCCCAAUCCCUGUGCUACUGUUCCCAGAUCUUGGGCUUGGGGGACAGCAAGAAAGCUGCUACAAAAAACUCAGCUGGGGCAGCUCCACAAGGACCCUACAGGCUUGAGGCAUUGCCGGGAUUCUAUCCCAGCCAGCCAGGCUCCUGGGUGCCCCAGAACCCUCUGGAGCACAGGGAGGCAGAGGGGUCCUUACCCAUUUCAGGAGUCUACAGCCUGACGGCUACAGCCAUGGUGGGCCCCCGAUACCCGGUCUCAGUUCGAGGGGCAGCUCUGGUGCAGAUCAAGAGGCUCCAGACAUUUGCCUUGUCCGUGUGCUGGUCAGAUGGCAGUGACACCUUUGUGCGCAGGAGCUGGGAGGAAUUCAGGCAGCUCAAGAAGACUCUCAAGGAGACCUUUCCAGUGGAGGCGGGUCUGCUUCGGAAAUCCGACCGCAUUCUCCCAAAGCUUCUCGAUGCACCGCUAUUGGCACGCGGGGGGCGCACGAGCCGCGGUCUGGCACGCCUGCAGCUGCUGGAAACCUAUUCUCGGAGGCUGCUGGCGACUGCAGAGCAUGUGGCUCAGAGCCCGGCAAUCACAGGCUUCUUCGCACCGCAACCCCUGGACCUGGAGCCCGCGCUGCCACCUGGCAGCCGGGUGAUCCUGCCCACCCCGGUGGAGCCACCUCUCUCCCAUGCUGCCAGCCGCCUCUCCAUCCACAGUCUGGAGGCUCAAAGCCUGCGCUGCCUGCAGCCCUUCUGCACUCAGGACACACGGGGCCGGCCUUUCCGGGUGCAGGCCCAGGAGAGCCUGGAUGUGCUCCUGCGGCACCCCUCCGGCUGGUGGCUAGUGGAGAACCAGGACCAGCAGACAGCUUGGUUUCCAGCACCCUACCUGGAGGAGGUGGCUGUGGGCCAGGGCUGGGAACGAGGCCCGUCCCUAGGGAGCAGCGGUCCCCAGUUCUGUGCUUCCUGCGCCUACGAGGGCAGCCGUGCAGAUGAGCUGUCUGUGCCUGCAGGUGCGCGCGUGCACGUGCUGAAAACAUCAGAUCGAGGCUGGUGGCUCUGCAGGUAUGGCGACCGGGCGGGCCUCCUCCCUGCGGUGGUACUGCGGCCUGAAGGGCUGGGUGCCCUCCUGAGUGGGACGGUGUUUCGUGAAGGAGACUCAGCAGAUGAGGCCCAGGGCUCCCCCAAACCCUCCCAGGCCACUGCCCCUGCCCCCAUCGUCCCCGCCCGACCUUCGCCGGGCGCCAUCCAGAACCGCUGCUGCACCAUCACCCGCAGGGCCCUGGAGCGGCACCCAGGGCGCCAGCGCCCCUCUGGAGGGUGUGUGGACCCUGUGCCACACGCUACAACAGAGCAGUGAGCACGAGGAUCCCCAUGGGGGGACAGACUGCGCCAUCCCAGGGUUGGGGAGGAGUGGGGAGGACGGAUCUCCCUGGCCACAGGGAUGGGAGGGGCAAUUCACUGUUCCUCUGAGUAAAGCUUGUUCUGAAUGAC